GAGAGCUUUUAUGGUGGUGGAAUCUGCUACUGCUGCUACUACUGUAAUAAGAAAGUCAGGACGUUCUAUCACUAAUAUUGCUUCUGCUGCCUUCAAACAUUUCCUAAGUACCAACAAGAAAUUAUUUGGUAACAAUAGCCUUCGGUGCAUAUUUCAUUUCCUUCUGUCCGUUGAAGAAGCAUGGCAGUUCAAAACUCUAUGGAACUAGCAAGUAGUUCUUGUGAUGAUGAUGGGCAUCCUUCAAGAACUGGAAACUUAUGGAGUUGCGUAGCUCAUAUAAUAACUGCUGUUAUUGGGUCUGGAGUACUGUCAUUGGCAUGGAGUACAGCACAGCUAGGAUGGAUUGCAGGGCCAAUUGCCCUUCUUUGCUUUGCAAUUGUCACCUAUAUUUCUGCAUUCCUCUUAUCAGAUUGUUACAGCUAUAUUUCUGCAUUCCUCUUAUCAGAUUGUUACAGAUCUCCUGACCCAGUAACCGGAACGCGAAACUACUGUUAUAUGGAUGCUGUCAGAGUGAACCUUGGUAAGACGCAGACGUGGUUUUGUGGCUUGCUUCAAUACUUAAGCAUGUAUGGGACUUGUGUUGCUUAUGUUAUUACUACUUCAACCAACUACUUCAACCAGCAUGAGAGCAAUUCAAAGGUCAAAUUGCUAUCACAGAGAAGGGCAUAAAGCUGCAUGUGCAUAUGGAGAUAAUUUCUUUAUGCUUGUAUUUGGACUUGUUUAGAUAAUAGUUUCACAAAUACCAGAUAUUCACAGCAUAGAAUGGCUCUCAGUAGUUGCAGCUAUCAUGUCCUUUGCUUACUCUUUUAUAGGUUUUGGACUUGGCUUUGCAAAAGUAUUAGGUAUGAAUUUUCCAAUUUGGCCUCUUAUUUUUCUUUGAAAUAAGGUUUUUUGAAUUUAAGCAUCUA